AGUACAUAUUCAGUAUAGUAUGUCGGUGGUGGGCCACACUGCUUUUGAGGCAAGACAGGCAGGGGUAUGUAUAGAGUACCAAUUUUCAAGUCAGAUGAGUUUCGUUUCUUCAGAAGAAGCAGUGGUAGUAGUCCUGCAUGGGAAUGGAGACACCAUGAGCGAUAAAGAUGAUGGCCAUGGUGAUGAGAAGCAGCAGCAGCAGCAACAGGAUGAGAUAGAACGAGAAGCCAGCCUAUCACAUCGUAGGCUGACAGCAGUAGCAGCACAUUAGGUUGGCCCGAAGGAAGCUGGCCUGAAGUUGGCCUGAAGCAGGGCCCCCCGCUCCGGCUCCGACUCCGGCUCUUUCCGCCUCCGACUCCGACACCCUUUUGGGGGCUUUUUCUCGCCCUAUUUCCAGUUUUCGGUAAGUGGCCUGGCUGCUUUAGGCGGUAAGUAACCGUCUGUACGAGACUAGUCCAUACCGUUUCCCUCCCAUACGCAAUGUAACGCUCAAGGUUCGAUUGGCCGCCUCCCGGAAGAUCCUCCAC